CAGGAGUGAGAACGGCUGGUUGGUCGCCCGCGUGGUGUGGGCGCCGCUCAGCCGGUACCUCGCCGGUGAACCCACUGGUGGGGAUUGGCCAGGAAUGGGGAAGUCAAGGCACGCGAAAGACUUAGACACUAAUGCCACACUUGGAAGUGCCGAGGUGAUCCGUGAGUGGAGCCUGGUUGUGUGGGUGCCCCAGCAUGGAUGGUGCCCCAGCACGGAUGUUGCCCCAGCAUGGAUGGUGCCCCAGCAUGGAUGACUACACGGUCCUGCGAGUGAUCGGCGAGGGCUCCUUCGGCAGAGCUCUUUUGGUUCAGCAGGAGAGCAGUAGUCGGAUGUUUGUCAUGAAGGAAACGAGGCUUCCCAAGUCUUUCUCUGAUACACAGAAUUCUAGGAAGGAGGCCAUUCUGUUAGCCAAAAUGAAACACCCCAAUAUUGUUGCCUUUAAAGAAUCAUUCGAAGCUGAUGGACAUCUGUAUAUUGUGAUGGAAUAUUGCGAUGGAGGGGACCUAAUGCAAAAGAUUAAACAUCAAAAAGGGAAGUCAUUUCCUGAAGAUACGAUACUUAAUUGGUUUACACAAAUGUGCCUUGGAGUAAAUCACAUUCAUAAGAAACGUGUAUUACAUAGAGAUAUCAAGUCCAAGAAUGUCUUCCUCACCCAAAAUGGAAAAGUAAAAUUGGGAGAUUUUGGAUCUGCCUGUCUUCUCUCCAAUCCCAUGGCAUUUGCUUGUACAUAUGUGGGAACACCGUAUUAUGUGCCUCCGGAAAUUUGGGAAAACAUGCCGUAUAACAAUAAAAGUGACAUCUGGUCCUUGGGAUGCAUUCUUUAUGAACUCUGUACCCUUAAACAUCCAUUUCAGGCAAAUAGUUGGAAAAAUCUUAUCCUUAAAAUAUGCCAAGGGUCCAUCAGGCCACUGCCAUCUCAUUAUUCCUGUGAGCUCCAGUAUCUAAUCAAGCAGAUGUUUAAAAGGAAUCCCUCUCAUCGCCCUUCAGCUACCACACUUCUCUCCAGAGGUAGCGUAGCCCGGCUUAUCCAGAAGUGCCUAUCCCCAGAGAUCAUCGUAGAAUAUGGUGAACAGGUGUUAGAAGAAACCAGAAGAUCUAAGCAUAAUACACCAAAAAGAAAGGACCCCAUCAGAAUUGGGAUAGCUUUGGGAAAUGAAGCAAGUACCAUGCAAGGGGAGAAACAAGUUAGAAAAUGUAGCCUCACUGAUUUAGAAAGCAUUAAUAAAAAUUUGGCUGAAAGUGCAUUGAGGAGAGAAGAACAAGAUCAUAAAUCAGCCCCUCCCAGGACGGCCAGUUCCUCAAGUUCUCACAGACGACAGUGGGAGAAAAACACAUCCCAGACGGCUGUUACUGCUCUGCAAAACGCAUCCAUACUGACCUCCAGUUUAACAGCAGAGGACGAUAGAGGUGGUUCUGUAAUAAGGUACAGGGAAAACAAUGCCCGUAAACAGUGGCUCAAACAAACCCCUGAAACCUUGCUGAACAUCCUUAAGAAUGCUGAUCUCAGCUUGGCGUUUCAAACAUACACAAUAUAUAAACCAGGUUCAGAAGGGUUCUUGAAAGGUCCCCUGUCUGAAGAAACAGAAGCAUCAGACAAUGUUGAUGGAGUUCAUGAUUCUGUCAUUUUGGAUCCUGAGAGACUAGAACCUAGACUGGACGAGGAGGACACGGACUUUGAGGAAGAAGACGACAACUCUGACUGGGUAUCAGAACUGAAGAAGCGAGCUGGAUUACAGGGAGUGGCUGAUGGAUAAUGCCCAAGGAAAUGUUCCUUAAUCACACGGAGCAGAUUUGUAAAAUGAAAGACUACUAUUUGGAUAAUAAUUAGUUCACAGGAUGUAUAUUUUCCUUUGGUAACAGAAUGAAAAGGGGGAAACUAUGAAAAUUUGGAAUGGUUCCUGAUUAGUGUCACGAAGUUUAAAAAAUCUAGAAUGCCUAUGAGUUUUUAAACUCAAGGGAGAAGGUAUAGCGUAACGGGUAUGAUCUUUGGGCUUUAGAGACAGGUAGAACAGAACUGGUUGCUAGCUCAACCACUCACUAGCUGUGCGAUUGUGGGAAAUUAACCUCUCUGAGCCUUAAUUCCCUCAGCUCUGAAAUGAGGAUAAUUAUGCCUACCUCCUAGGGAUGCUGACCAUAGAUGGUACAGCAUUCCUCAAUGUUCUUAUUCACAGUUAUGAUUUGUGGUUAUUACUAUGUAACUCAUUUACAUUUUCUAAAGUUUAAGGAUCUAAAUAUAUUUCAUGAAAACACAAUAAUGUGUGCAAUUUUAAAAUAAGACCUAUUUCAGGGUAGUUUGUGUGAGCUGCACCUCAUUUCAGUGAUCUUCACCAAAUAUCAGCUGUCCUUAAAUGCUAUUAUGAGUUGAAUUGUGUCCCUCAAAGUAUGUGUUGAAAUGGUAACCCCUGUACCUGGAAAUAUGACCCUGUUUGGAAACAGGGUUUAUUUUUUUAUAAGGAGAUCAUACCAGAGUAGGAUGGGUGCUGAGCCUAAUCACUUCUGAGUUAUGAAAAGAGCAGAAUGAACACAGAGACACAGACAUGGAGAAGAGGAAGACAGACAGCAGCGACAGAUACAUCUUGACAAGCCCAGGAACUCCAAGGAUUGCUGCCAGCUACUAGAAGCUAAAAUAGAUAAGGAAGGACCUCCCCCCUAGAGCCAUGCCCUGAAUUCAGACUUAUAGCCUCCUGAACUGUAAGAAAAUAAAUUCCUGUUCCUUAAAGCCACCUUAGUGGUAUUUUUUUGUUACAGCAGCACUCGGUCUCUUAAGACACAUACAAACCCUCAUAGAAUGCACAAAAGAGCCCAGGUCAGAGGGUUGGCAUUGGUAAGAGUGGAAUGGACUGUAGUUUAUCAGAGAAGAUCGCAGUCCUGUAAACAAGAGAAGGAUAAGGCCACAGUGAGGAGUAGAUAAUUGUGUCUGGAACUAGGGAGUGUGUGGAAAUAAUGGGGGAUCCUGACAUGCACGGAUCACCAUCUACACGUGUGCUGGGUCCUGCCACGUGUUACUUCAGUUAAUACUGUGAUACUGUAGUGAGCUGCAGAUGUUUUACUAAAUAAGAGACAGGUUCCUCCCAGAGUACCUCACAGGGGCAAAUGGGAACAGCAUGAGCCCAACCCAGUAAAGAACAAUGAUAAAGUAAAGAAUAGGGGAAAGAUAAUUGUGAAACUAUUCAAGGCUUGCUAAAAAGGACCUACUGAAAUAGAAAUAUAUAUAUAUUUUUAUAUGUAUAUAUAUCUUUAAGGAGCCUUGGUGGUCACAAUGGCUAAAGCACUGGACUGCUAACUGAAAGAUUGGUGGUUUAAAACCAGCAGCUCCAAGGGAGAGAGGUGCGGCAGUCUGCAUCCCUAGAGGUUUACAGCCUUGAAAACCCCAUGAGGCCGCAAUGAGUUGAAACUGACUUGAUGGCAGUGGGUUUUGUAUCUCUUUCAGAGAUUUAAAUGGUUUUUUAACUUUUAUACAUACAAAAAUUAUGGUGUAGACCCGUAUGUCAUCCCUGCCCUACAUGCUUUAUUUACACUUAGAUGAGGUUAUGUAUUAUCUAACACCAGU